AUGGAGUACACGCCGCCCCCCAAGCCGCAGCUCUCCUCCCGGGCCAACGCCUUCUCCAUCGCCGCCCUCAUGUCGAGCGGCAGCUCCAAGGACAAGGAGUCCCCCGAGAGCACCAUCAAGCCUCUGGAACAAUUCGUUGAGAAAUCCUCCUGCGCCCAGCCUUUGAGUGAUUUAUCCAGCUUGGACCCUCACGGGGAUUUUAGCAGCAGCCCUUCUUCCCUGUGCACCGAGCCCCUCAUUCCCACCACCCCCAUCAUCCCCAGCGAGGAGAUGGCCAAAAUCUCCUGCAGCCUGGAGACCAAAGAGCUCUGGGACAAGUUUCAUGAACUGGGUACCGAGAUGAUCAUCACCAAAUCCGGGAGGAGAAUGUUUCCUACGAUCAGGGUUUCCUUCUCGGGAGUGGAUCCUGAGGCCAAGUAUAUUGUGUUAAUGGAUAUAGUUCCUGUGGACAAUAAAAGAUAUAGAUAUGCCUACCACAGGUCUUCCUGGUUAGUGGCUGGAAAAGCUGACCCUCCUCUCCCUGCAAGGUUGUAUGUGCACCCGGACUCCCCGUUCACAGGAGAGCAACUACUGAAGCAGAUGGUGUCCUUCGAAAAAGUCAAACUCACCAACAACGAGCUGGAUCAGCAUGGCCAUAUCAUUUUGAACUCCAUGCACAAGUACCAGCCAAGGGUGCACAUCAUUAAGAAGAAGGAUCACACAGCUUCUUUACUAAAUCUGAAAUCAGAAGAGUUCAGAACAUUCAUCUUUCCAGAGACAGUUUUUACUGCUGUUACUGCCUACCAGAAUCAAUUGAUAACCAAGUUGAAAAUUGACAGCAACCCUUUUGCUAAAGGAUUCCGUGACUCUUCCAGACUCACUGAUAUCGAGAGAGAAAGUGUGGAGAGCCUUAUCCAAAAGCAUUCCUAUGCUCGAUCCCCCAUUCGGACCUAUGGAGGAGAAGAUGAUCUCGGAGAUGACAGCCAGGCAACACAAAGCAGAGGGUCAGCCUUUACAACAUCUGAUAACCUGUCCCUCAGUUCCUGGGUUUCCUCUUCAACCAGUUUCCCAGGAUUUCAGCAUCCACAGUCUUUGAGUGCCCUGGGUACCAGCACUGCAUCCAUAGCUACACCCAUUCCUCAUCCGAUCCAGGGAUCUCUGCCUCCAUACAGCCGCCUGGGAAUGCCUCUUACACCCUCUGCUAUAGCCAGCUCCAUGCAAGGUAGUGGCCCCACUUUCCCAUCCUUCCACAUGCCAAGGUACCACCAUUAUUUUCAGCAGGGUCCUUAUGCAGCUAUCCAAGGACUGCGUCACUCUUCUGCAGUGAUGACACCAUUUGUAUGA